CUCACGUGACGGGGACCGUUCAAGAUGGCGGGGCGCUAACGGAAGUCUGCCGCUAGCGUGUUCCGUAACCUUUUCCUUGGCUCCUGUCUUGCAGAGCCGUCCGCUAGAACCGGGCGGAAUCUGACGUUUGUGGAUUUGUACAUAUUAACGGAUGCUCGAAGCUAGCAGAUGGCAGAUACAUGGUUCUUCCUCAGUUUGGCGUUUUAGCUCCGUUAGCUCACGGGUAACCCAGGUAACCAGUCCGGGACAAGUAUCCUGAGCAGAACCUGACCAGUCAUGGACCAGUACAGCAUACUGGGCCGGAUUGGGGAAGGAGCCCACGGUAUCGUUUUUAAAGCCAAGCACAUUGAGACGGGUGAGACGGUAGCUGUGAAGAAGGUGGCCUUGCGGAGACUGGAGGACGGGAUUCCGAAGCAGGCCCUGAGGGAGAUCAAAGCCCUGCAGGAGGUUGAGGAGAACCAGUAUGUAGUGAGGUUAAAGGAUGUGUUCCCUCAUGGGACUGGGUUUGUACUGGUCUUUGACUACAUGCUCUCUGACCUCUCUGAGGUCAUCAGGAACUCCCAGCAGCCUCUCACUGAGUCCCAGGUCAAAGGUUACAUGAUGAUGCUGCUUAAGGGCGUGGCCUUCCUCCACCAAAACAACAUCAUGCAUCGGGACCUAAAGCCAGCUAACCUCCUCAUCAGCUCUACAGGUCAUCUGAAGAUUGCAGACUUUGGUUUGGCCAGACUCUUCUCCAACCACGGAGACAGGCUGUACAGCCACCAGGUGGCCACACGGUGGUACCGUGCUCCAGAGUUGCUGUACGGAGCCAGGAAGUAUGAUGAGGGAGUGGAUCUGUGGGCUGUAGGCUGUAUAUUUGGAGAGUUGUUGAAUUCUUCCCCUCUGUUCCCUGGAGAGAAUGAUAUUGAACAGCUCUGCUGUGUCCUUAGAGUGCUGGGUACUCCUAACCAGGUCAUCUGGCCUGAGAUAGUAGAGUUACCAGACUACAAUAAGAUAACCUUUAAGGAGAAUCCAGCAAUCCCACUGGAGGAGAUUGUUCCAGACACUUCCCCCCAAGCUGUGGACCUCCUCUACAACUUCCUGGUCUACCCUUCAAAACAACGCUGUUCAGCUAGCAAGGCUCUCCUCCAUCCUUACUUCUUCUCCUCCCCUCUUCCUGCUCAUCACUCGGAGCUUCCUAUCCCCCAGCGAGGGGGCACAUCCCCCCAUCAGCGCCUCCAGGCCCCCCCCACUGACUUCUCUGUGGAUCUGCCCCUGGAACACAGCCUGAUAGACCCCGCGCUGCUCUGGGGACACGCCUCCUGUCUCUGACACUGACCUAUCAGAGCUGAGCACCAGACCACCCGUGACGGCGCCUGCCGCUCUGCUUGUACCUCGUGUGUGUGUGUGUGUGUGUGUGGGCGUGUCUCUUAAUGGAGAACUCUAUGUUUGUAUUGUCGACAUCGUCUAUGAGAAGAUUUAAACCAGCAGUGAUUUUCUCUGGCUCACCUGCAGCUGCGUUGAGUCAGCGUCAGUGGGAUGCUGAGCAGUGAGCAGUGAGCUGCUGCUGCCGCCGUCGUGUCUGAGGUUCUCACCGGUCGUCUGUCCCUCGGUGCUUUAGUUUGGUGUUCCCUCUUCAGAAUUCCAGGAUCACGUAGAGACGGUUGAGCAGGUCCACCAAGUGUGCCCGUGUCUUCUUCUUUGUCACGAGAUCAGGGUCUCAGCCGGACAUGAUGAAGCGUGAACGUCGUGAGUGACAGGUGGGUGCGCUGUAGCCUGUGCUGCUGCUGAGCGUGCCCGCUGUGCUUUGACUUCACACAGAACAGAAACUGUCUGUGAAGACGCUCGCAGAAAACCAUGACGCCCACAUCGUGCUGACGAGGAGCUGUGCUGGACAAAACAAGCGUGCCGCUCUGAGCUGCUUCAGCUGGCGAGCAGGAGAAAGUGGUUGUGGGUUUAAAUCCUCUCAUGGACUGUUGACAACACAAAACAUCCCGACACAGCAGCCUCGUGCCGUGAGCAGCCCAGGCUGGUCGAGCUGAAUCUGAGAACACAAACACAAACAUGGAGAUCAGGCAGAUGUGUGACAUGUGGCAGGCUUGCCGCGGUGUCGUACCAACUUCUGUCACCCCUCAGAUUCUAUGACCCCUGGCCCUGUGACGAAACGCACCUUCUGUGACCUACUGACCGUGUAGACGUUUGAGAAGCUGACACACUAAGAUCUCUCAGCAUGUGUGUGUGUGUGUGUGUGUGUGUGUGUGUGUGUGUGUGGCCUCAUGGUGGGUAUGUGAAGGCAGCAUUAUUUACCUCUGGCGAUGUUGGGUGUGAGUGUACUACUGUUCAUGCUUGAGCAUGUUAUACUACUGUAUUGUAUUGAGACUAUAAUGAUGACUGUUUAUGUUUUGACUCUGCCCUGUACUGACACUGUACUGACACUGUACUGACACUCUGACAUUGUAUUGUUGCAAUGUAAAAAACAACUACCUGAUAAAAAAAUGAAUAAAAAAAGUUAUGA